AUCAGCGCUUUUCAUCAGAUUCAUUGUCUUUACCUGAACCCAACUUUGAUGAACCAGCACUCUCAUCACCAAAAGCGCAAGGCGCACUCACACGAGACAAGCAAUGCGCACAUCAUGCACUGUAUGCGCUUCGAUUACCUUCGACAGGCAAUCAUGUGCUGCGGAGACACUGCUCUUGAAGGUGCAGACGAAUACUCAAUUGCCGAAGGCAGAGAUCUGGUCCUCAUCGGGACCAGUGGCCUUGGUACCACACAUCAGUGUAAGGACUGGGAUGCGAUCAAAGACUACGCCGAGUCGCGAGCAAAUCCAAAAUGGAAGAAACCAAAGGACGGAGGUGACUUGUAG